CCAUCGACAAUUCCAGAGACUCACUUGUUCGAUCGAAGGAAGCUCCGCAUAAAAAUUUGUAAAUCUAAUUAAAGUUGUAUUCAAUACUUUGCCAAGAACUUUAAAAUGGUAGUCAAAGCUGUUUGCGUUAUCAACGGCGAUGCCAAGGGCACCGUUUUCUUCGAACAGGAGGCCGAAGGUAGCCCCGUUAAGGUCACCGGCGAAGUGAAUGGUUUGGCACCAGGUCUUCACGGCUUCCAUGUGCAUGAGUUUGGCGAUAACACAAAUGGCUGCAUGUCGUCUGGACCACAUUUCAAUCCAUACAAGAAGGAACAUGGUGCACCCACCGAUGGCGACCGCCAUUUGGGUGACUUGGGCAACAUAACCGCCUCCGGUGAUGGUCCCACUCCGGUUAAUAUCAGCGAUAGCCAGAUAACGCUCUUUGGCGAAAACAGCAUCAUUGGACGCACUGUUGUUGUGCAUGCUGAUCCCGAUGAUUUGGGCAAGGGCGGACACGAGUUGAGCAAAACAACUGGAAAUGCUGGCGCUCGUAUUGGAUGCGGUGUCAUUGGCAUUGCUAAAAUCUAAUGGCAGCACUAGAAUUUAAAGCAUUUGUAAAACAAAUGGUUAUAUUAACCCAUAUAAGUAUAUAUAUAUAUAUAUACACACACAUAUAUAAAUACUAUAUAAUUGAAAUAUUGCACAUCACCUUGGUUUGAAAUUUCCUUUGUUUACAUACGAUACUAUCCUUGAUUUGUUAAAUGUUUGAAGACAACCUUUGAGGUUUAAUAAAUGGUGUUAAUUGGAAA